GUACCACAGAACGUAACAGCAGAGAUGAUGUGCAGCAGCGACACAGGCAUGGUGUGGUGGGAAGAAGGGGAGAGUGUCUCCUCCUACAAGGUGCGAGCUUUUGGACCGGAUGGUCACAAAAUUGAGUGCCACAGCACUGAAGGCAGUUGUGAGCUCCCCAACAUGCACUGUGGUCAGCUCUACAAUCUGACAGUGACGGCUCAGGAUGGACGCUGCGAUAACAGCCACACCGAUCUCACCCUGCAGUCAGUGCCUUGUAAGCCAACCAGUGUCAAAGCUGCCCUACGCUGCCACUCAAACUCUGUUGCAGUCACAUGGGAGCAAGGCAGCGGAGGACGCUCCUAUGUUGCAGUGGCUGUCGCAGCAGAUGGAAGUCACCAGACUGAGUGUAACAACACUAUGACGUACUGUGAUCUAACCAGCCUGCAGUGUGGACAGACCUACAACAUAAGCGUGUUCUCCCAGGAUGAGUCCUGUUCCAGUAUUGUCAGUGACGAGGCUUACGUACGGACAGCUCCCUGUACACCUCAGAAUGUGACCGUCGAUGCACAGUGUGAUGAAGAUGCCAUGGUGGUGUCUUGGUCCCCCAACCCUGAUGCCAGGUAUUUCCAUGUGGCGGCAGUGAGCAACACUAUGGCGAGACUCUACUGUAACUCCAGCGGCACCAUGUGCACUCUGAACAAUCUACCUUGUGGACAGAGCUACAACGUUACUGUGCUGUCUGUUAGAGAUGAUUGUGAGAGCAAACCAAGCCGAGUGGUAGAGACCUCUUCAGUCCCAUGUGUGCCCAUGAAUGCUAAGGGUGAUCUGGACUGCGUCUCAAACUCUGCUUGGGUAUCCUGGGACGACUCAAAAGGAGCAACCAGCUACUUCGUGCUGGCUCAGUCAGCCGGCGGUCACAGCUCCAACUGCACUGCCUCAUCCUCUCACUGUAAUGUCCCAGACCUGAAAUGUGGGACACUUUACACCUUCCAUGUCACUGCUAUGAACAAGCACUGCAGCAGUAAUCACAGCGCCACCUUUGAGAUUGAGACAGGGCCUUGUGCUCUAACAUCCGUCAACGCAACGACUGAGUGCCACAACGACACCAUCCUGGUUGAAUGGGAGGAUACAGUGGACAUGCCCCUCUACCUGGUGACCGCUGAGGCCGACGACCAAACCACCAUUUCCUGUAAAAGCACUUCAAAUAAAUGUUUGCUCGAGAAUGUGGUCUGUGGCACGCACUACAGCAUCAUAGUAUCAGCUUCUUCUGAUAAGUGCAGCACCCUCAGAAGCCCUCCAAGGAAGAUUAAAACAGUACCCUGUGCCCCAGAAAAUGUGACAGCAGUGCCGUCAUGCGAGGAGAAUGGGGCGACAGUGACAUGGGCAAAGUCGCCUGUGGCCAGAUCCUAUCACCUGACAGCCACAGGAGAAGAUGGACAUGUCGUGAACUGCAGCAGUUCAGUGAACAACUGCUCCUUGGCUGAUCUUCACUGUGGCCAGAUGUACAACUUCAGCAUCACUGCCAGGGGAGACGACUGCACCAGCUAUCCCAGCAUUUCGUCCUUCAGAACAGUGCCCUGUGCACCCUCUGGACUCGCAGUGGAUCUCGACUGUCGCACAAACUCUGCCAUGCUGUCUUGGACUGCCAGUGAAGGCGCCAUGGAGUAUUUUAGCUGUGCACAGCCUAUGGACGGAGACGCCCUCUACUGUGGCAGCAAUAUUACUUCCUGCACCUUCAAAGGCCUUGAGUGUGGUGACAUUUACAAUUUCUCUGUUCAAGCCUCAAACGGCAUCUGCAACAGCUCAUUUAGUCCCCCUCUGCAGAUGGGAGCAGCUCCAUGCCCUCCAACUUAUCUGGAUGUCCAUAUGCAGAGGAUAGACGAAAUGUUCUGGGCCAUGAUAUCAUGGGACAGAGUCAAUUGUUCUGAUGUCAAAUACUUGGCGGAAAUAAUCGGACGAAUCAACAACAACCCACAAACCUUGAUGAACAUCUCUUCCUAUUGGCUGCCAUUGCCAUACUUUGAGUUUCCGAUGCCUUGUAGCACAGCUUAUAAUGUGACUGUCCGCUCCAAAAACUCAGCUGGGGUCAGCGAGCCAUCCCGUAUGUUCAGUGGAGUCACAGUCCCCUGCCCUCCACAGAACUUAAGAUACACUGGUGACAGACAGUCUGCUGUGCUGUCCUGGGAUGCGUCAGUGUUUGCCACAUGGUACACGGUCACCUCCGUAGUGGACGGAGUCCGUGUGACGCUUUGCAACACCACUGAGAUCUCCUGUGUUGUCUCCAACUUCAAUCCUAAUACCACUGAAGUGACAGCUAGCAAUGAUGUAGGGGAGAGCAACCCCAACGGAAAUAUAACAGGUCCAAUGAGUGCUCGCAGAAGAAGAGAUCUACGGACCACUCAGGUCGUUGCUCAUUUAGAAGAAAAUCUUGAAAUGCCAGAAGAACUGACGGUAACAGCUAAAGGAGUUUCCUUGUAUGUGAAAUGGAAGGCAGUGAAAGGCGCAACCGAGUACACAGUCAUCAUUAAUGAGAAGCCGAGAGAGGAGCUGAGCAGCCCGACACCUGUAGUGAGAAGUGUGGAAGGUACCUCUCACAGAGAGACUGGCCUCAAACCCUGGACUAGAUACUGUGUUAAGGUGGCAGCCAAAAAUGUCAUCAACCAAAGCAACUACUCUGACAAGUGCACAAACACUACGGCCUCUUAAUGAAAUCAACACACCUUCACUUACACUGACACUGGACUAAAGACAAAUACCAUUAUAUGGGUUCUUUAUUUGUCUUCUCCACUCACUAGCUGCCAUAUCAGAAUUGUUACUGGUUUGAUCUUUGAGAACUUUAGCAAGAUAAUUGCAAAAACAUGGUAAUCACAUCUACAAAGCAAUAAUGAAAUUCCUCUGAUUUGGGGAACCACUUUCAUGUCACACACAAACACUGAUCAAGCCUCUUGAGAACCUUUAGAUUUAAAUGCUUAUGAAUCUUUGUUAGCAAUAAUUUGAAUACAUUUUCAUAUUUGUGGCUGAUAUCAUAGCAGCAUGUGACAUUAUAGCUGUGUAAUAAAGUAUUGCUGAGAUUAUAUUUAUCUAAAAUGCUUAUAUUUUUGAGAUCAGUUAUUAGAUUCUCUGAAUGAUUUUUAAGCCCCAAAAAUGUAGUGUAAACUAAUAACUGAUAAUUUAUCAAGCAAUAUUUUUAAAACCAUUCAGUAUAUUUUCUUUAUGAUGUGAUAAGACUUCUCGUUUUGUGAACACUUUGACAGAUCUUUUUAACUAUUCCAGAAAAAAGGAAUAAAUUAAUAUCUGUGAAACAUUAAAUCACCCCCUGUAUAAAAUGCA